AUGGCCUUGCCAACCGCAUGGAACGUUUAUGAUAAAUCUACUUUUUUAGAUGUCGAUAUUGAAGGGCUUAGAGUAGCUUACACAGACCACGAUGGAAGUAGAAAUCCUGCCGCAAUAAGGUCAAAUUUUCCUAUUGCUCCGAAAUGUGGAUUAUUUUAUUUUGAAGUUACCAUUGUAAAUGAAGGAGACAAUGGAAAUAUCGGAAUUGGACUGUGCACAAAAACAGCUAAUUUAAAUGCGAUGCCUGGAUGGGAAGAUGGCUCUUGGGGUUACCAUGGUGAUGAUGGAAAAUGUUUUCACUCGUUAGGAGUUGGUAGAGUGUAUGGGCCGUUGUUUACUACUGGUGAUACUAUUGGAUGUUGCUUGAAUUUUCUAUACAAUACGGUAUUUUACACGAAAAAUGGAGUGCAUCUUG